AGCAGCAGUCGUGUGUGAGGAUCCUCGGCACGAGGACAGCAGCAGUGUAGGAGACACAUCCCAAACUGCCGGAGCAACAUGGUCGCGUUAGGAGUCGUCGCGUGCCUCUGCCUGCUGGUGGGCUUCUCGCUCCAGGUGGACGUGAAAAGUGGGAAAGAGGCAGGAAAAGCCGGAAAUUUCAUGGAAGAUGAGCAAUGGCUGUCAACCAUCUCCCAGUACGGGCGUAAGAUGAAACACUGGAAUCGCUUCCGAGACGAAGUCGAGGAUGACUACAUCAAAAACAUUGAGGAGAACACGGGCUCUGAUGAAACCGUGGACACCACCAAGGACCCGUGCCAGAAUGUGAAGUGCAGCCGCCAUAAGGUGUGCGUCGCCCAGGGCUACCAGAGGGCCAUGUGUGUCAAUCGCAAGAAACUGGAGCACAGAGGCAAACAGCCCGAGCAGCUGGAGGCUCAUGAAACCGGCUGCAAGCCUUGUCCUGUCGCUGCCUCCUCACCUGUAUGCGGCUCUGAUGGACACAACUACGCCUCUGAGUGUAAGAUGGAGCAGCAGGCCUGCCUCACAGGCAAAGAGCUGAACAUCAUGUGUGCUGGCUUCUGCCCCUGCGCCACAGCCCCCGUUUCCCUCUCAAAUACUGACAUCAAACGUGAGAGCUGCACUGGCCAGGACCUGGCAGACUUGGGAGACCGUCUGAGAGACUGGUUCCAACUCCUUCAUGGAAACGCGAAGCAGAAUAACUCUGGCAAGCUCAGGGCUGGCACCGCUUCAGUGCUUGACAAGAGCCUCGUGGCCAGCUGCAAGGACUCCAUCGGCUGGAUGUUCUCAAGGUUGGACACUAACAGUGACCUGUAUCUGGACCAGGCUGAGCUGGCUGCUAUUAACUUGGACAAGUACGAGGUCUGCAUCCGACCCUUCUUCAACUCCUGUGACAGCUACAAGGAUGGGAAGGUCUCUACAGCAGAGUGGUGCCUGUGCUUUUGGAGAGAAAAGCCGCCGUGCCUCGCUGAGCUGGAGAGGAUCCAAGUGCAGGAGGCGGCCAAGAAGAAGCCCGGGAUGUACAUUCCCAGCUGCGAUGAGGACGGCUACUACAGGAAGGUUCAGUGUGACCAGAGCCGAGGGGAGUGCUGGUGCGUCGACCAGCAUGGAGGAGAGAUGAUGGGCACCAGAAUCCACGGCAACCCUGACUGCGAUGAAGUAGCGGGAUAUUCUGGAGAUUUUGGGAGUGGAGUGGGAUGGGAGGAUGAAGAGGAGAAGGAGGCAGAGGACACCGGAGAGGAGGCGGAAGAGGAGGAAGAGGAGGAGGGCGAGGCGGACGAUGGAGGAUACAUCUGGUAGAAUUGUCUGACCCCACGCGGAGAGCCGUGUCGUAGCCACUGGCCUGAAAAUCUACAGGGAUGGCUCUCUCUUCAAAGCAAAAGAUUUUGGGAUCGGACCUGGGAGGCAUAGAAUUGUUUAUCAUCCUGGUGGGAUAUGUGGUGCUGGUCAGGUCCAGGGAUGAGACAGAUGACCAGUUUUUGUCUUAGAUAUGUGUAACUGCUUCAUUCUCUUGUCUCUGUUUUUUGAGCAAGAGAGCUUUUUGUUUUGCCGUCCUGAGAAGGACCCACUGACUACUGCACCAUACGUAGCUAAAGUCCAUCAGAUUUCCUAUCUUGUCCAACCGCCAUCUAUGCAUAUUGAGAUUACCAGUGAUUUUGUAUUGUGUGAACAAUUGCUUGGGUAUUAGAGUCGCCGUCCCACUGGAGUGACUAGAGAUCAGAAUUGAAAUUGUUCGACAUUUUGUGAAACUUGCUUGUUGGCUUGCAAAAUGUUAUGAGAAACUCCAUACCACUCUUGUGUUGAAUAUGAAGCCAGAGCGAGGAGACAUGAAUGUUGAAAACAGUCUCUGUCAGAAGGUUAAAAAAAAAUGACCAAAACCUCCAAACCCUCCAAGAUAACAUCUUUUAUCAUUUGUUCAAUCCGAACAGAAAAACACAGUAUAACAACCACAUGUUGAGUUAUUAUGAAGACUCUCCAGCAAGUCAUUUGCCAGGAAAAUAAAUAAUCCGGUUUAUAACAUCCCGUAAAAAAAAAGUAAAUUAUUGAUGUCCUUUUCGUACAGAUUAAGCAAACAAAACUGCUCCCUCCCGGUUUCAGUCUUUAGGGAAUGAUAUGUCACUGUUGUGAUCACAGCUGGUCUCUGCUGCCUUUAAGUGGCCAAAGAAAUGAGCUCAGCUAACCUUCUCUUGGUCGUGGCUUCAUAUUUACCGUACAGACAAUAGAUCUUCUCGUCCAUCUCGUAACAGACGGCAAAUAAGCGUAGUAUUUCCCAAAAUGUCAAACUAUUCCAUUUAUUAAGCAGUUCACUGCAAUGUGGUUAUGUAUGUCCAAACUGAUUCUGUAUAUAAAUCCAGUGCAAAUGAUCUAUGAAGCGAGCUUCGAGGAUUUCAGGUAGCCACGGUUUCAAGCUACUUUUAUGAUGAUGGUGCACCAUAGCUCAUAGCAGUUUUUAAAUCUUACUUACGAAUAAAGUGGAUACACACAACUAUAAAGGACCUACAUUUCCAGUUGGAUAACUUUUAUUGAAAACCUGUAGAAUGUACUACAACGGCCCAAACUACAGUAGAAACCACCCGUCCCUGUCCUCUGCUAACGCUGAAAUCAUGAUAAAGAAUGUGCCACAACUAUGUUUUAUUAUGGGUUUGCAACUGGAAAAAAAACUGUAUUUUGUGUUUAUAAAAAAAACUGUGUUCAUUACUUGAAGUUCUGUGUGUAUACUUGAAUUCACAUUGUGAUUUUUUUCUAUGAUGAUAUUGUUGCCAUGUCUUCAUUCAUGCUAUCGGUAGGCCAGACAUGUGGUUGUUUUUAGUAUUGCAUGUUAGUAAAUAAGAAUGUACUUCUAGGCUGAGCACUUUACUAAUAAAGGCACUGGAGCCAAA